CCAGUUGCUUCGUUCACUCUCACAUACCCACACUCUCUCUCACACACACAAUAAUUCCGGCCAGUUGUUGUCAGAUCCCGGCACAACCUCCCUGUACGUCCCCGCCACUUUUUUUGUGCCUUUAAAUAUACCCCACACCUAGCUCCUUUUCUCUUUACCAUAUACAUGAAGUCCUACAAACGAGAACAUUUCAUCUCUACAUACAUACAUACAUUAAGCGCACGUAACAAGCAAUAGUCAGCAGCACAGUACCUUUGCUCGCUCACAAAAGCCUCGUGUGUGUUGAGCAUCAGAUAGUGGAAGUUUGCCUAAUCUGAUUACCAAUUCCACCACCUUUUUUAUUCACCGAGGUGCACUGCGUUCUUUCGCAGAUCAAAAGCUGGUGCCUUUUUCUCUGUUUCUUGAAAGGGUCUUUUGGUUUUGUUUGUGGCGGAGGAGUUGAUGAACAGGGCGUUACCGGAGAUGUCGCACUGUCUAAACGGGCCUGGCAACUGUACGGACAUGAAUGUGCUGGAGAGGCAGAGGGCUCGCAUGAGGUGGCAGCAGAGCUAUUUUGGAGGCUGUGACUCUGGUGGAGUCUUUUUGGAGCCAAGUCAGGCGAAUCAAGUUGGGAAUUUUCAGGAUUUGGUGGUGGGCGGCGGCGGCUGCUCGGUGCUUGAUGAUGUGGUGACCCACUCAGUGAAGCCGGACCCGGGCUUGGAAAAUGGGUGGCUUGAGUUGGGCAGGUUGGAGUUGCCCAAGUUGGGGUUUGGGUCUGGUGGAUCGAUGAAUGGGAGUCCUACAGGGUUGGAGAUGAACUCUUCCAUUUCAAAGACUUCUAGCUGCCCGCCCACGGAGGCGCAAUCGGCGCCCGAAGCGAAAGGCAAAGUGUCAGUGCCGGCGGAGAAGAUGAGUUCUGCAGCUGGGAGAGACAGCUCCAAGAAGAGAAAGGCUGAUAAGAUGCAGAACACCAAGGUUUUUGCUGAAGACAACGCCAAAGACAAGAGAAGCAAAGCAUGUGCAGAAGAGGGGGAAUCAAAGAUCAACACAGAGCAAGCCAGAACCAAAAACAACACCAGUACCCCCACGACCAACAAUAGGGAGACUUCUGCUGAUUCGUCAAAGGAGAAUUCAAAAGCUUCCGAGGUUCAAAAGCCCGAUUAUAUUCAUGUCCGGGCACGUCGCGGCCAGGCCACUGACAGCCACAGCUUAGCUGAGAGAGUGAGAAGGGAAAAGAUCAGUGAGAGAAUGAAGUAUCUGCAAGAUUUAGUACCAGGAUGCAACAAAAUCACGGGGAAAGCUGGAAUGCUCGAUGAAAUCAUCAAUUAUGUCCAAUCCCUUCAACGACAAGUAGAGUUUCUGUCCAUGAAACUAGCUGCUGUGAAUCCCAGGCUUGACUUCAACAUUGAUGACUUUUUUGCAAAAGAGACGAUUCCUGCUUGCUCAGCCGAUUUUCCAACAAUUGGAUUGUCAUCCGAAAUGACUAAUCCUGCCUAUCUUCAGUUUAAUCCAGUACAACAAGUGGUGGCAUGUUGUGGGUUCGAGAUGGGGUUGAAUUCACCUGACAUGGCACUUCGAAGAUCACUCAGCGCUCCCGUAUCACUCCCCGAACCAUAUCUUGAUGCAUCCUGCUUCACACAACUCCAGCCUCCUCCAACUUGGGAUGCUGAUUUACAAAACCUUUUGAAUCUGGAAUUCCAUCAAGAAAGAUCGAUUUCAUUUCCAUACCAACCAUUUACAGGUUCCAUCGAAGCUAGCAAUUUGAAGAUGGAGAUCUGAAUAGAACCGAGUUCACUCCACAUGCUCUGAUUCAUAUUCAUUUUUUUUUUUUUAAUGUUAAAGUACAUAUCGUAUAUAUUUGUAUGUAUUCUUGUCUCAUAGUAUGAAUAAUAUCAAUGCAUGUUAGGUCAACAA